AUGCCUGAGCCAGUCAAAAAAGCAGUUUCAGCAUUUUCAAAGAAACCAAAAACUCAGGAGGCAGAGGAGGGGUCUUCUGUGGUCUUUGAAGCAGAGACCGAGAAGCCUGAUGCUAAAGUAAAAUGGCAAUGCAAUUCUAAGGACAUCACCAGCAGCGACAAAUGUGUGAUCAAAGCCGACGGAAACAAGCACUCACUCACUAUAACAGCCCUUACCAAAGAAGAUACCAAUGCCUAUGCAGUAAUUGCUGGGGGGUCAAAGGUCAAGUUCGAGCUGAAGGUCAUACCGAUGCCAGUGGCUCCAGUUGAGGCCCCCGCUAAUGGAUCCUCGGAGCCCAUUGUAGUACCAGAACAGACCCCUGCUGAACCGCCUGUAGAAGCCACCACAGAGGACCAUACCGUCGCCCCAGCACCUGAUGCUCCAUCUGCUGAGGAGGCUCAGCCUCCUGACACCAGGCAGGACCUGACUGGCAUCUUUUCAGAGAAACCUCAGAGUGGAGACGUCACUGUAGGUGAAAACAUCACAUUUGUGGCUAAAGUGAAUGCUGAAUCACUGCUGAAAAAGCCAACCAUCAAAUGGAUCAAAGGGAAGUGGAUGGACCUCGCCAGCAAGUCUGGAAAACACCUUCAGCUAAAGGAAACAUAUGACCGCAACACCAAGGUGUAUACAUUUGAGAUGCAAGUCAUCGCAGCCAAGCCUAACUUUGCUGGAGCUUACAGGUGUGAGGUCACAUCCAGGGACAAGUUUGACAGUUGUAACUUUGACUUGGCAGUACAUGAGGCUCGUGCUGCUGAAGGUCUGGACAUAAGAGCAGCUUUCAGGCGCACUAGUACAGAUGGAAAAGAAGACUCCGGAGAGCUGGAUUUCAGUACUUUAUUAAAAAAGAGCAGCAGUUUCUUAAAAUCCUCAAAUCGAGCCGUACAGGUGAGCUCAGAACCGGACGUGGACGUGUGGGACAUUCUCAGCCGAGCUCCUUCAUCAGAAUUUGAGAAGAUUGCUUUUCAGCAUGGCAUUACUGACCUGAGAGGCAUGUUGAAGAGACUGAAGAAGAUGAAGAAAGAAGAGAAGAAAAGUGAAGCUUUCCUCAAAAAGUUGGAUCCUGCUUACCAAGUGUCAAAGGGACAAAAGAUUAAAAUGGCCAUUGAAGUAGCAAAUCCAGACAUAGAGGUGAAAUGGCUGAAGAACGGACAAGAAAUUCAACCAACGGGAAGCAAGUACAUCUUUGAAAGUGUUGGAAACAUGCGUUACCUGACCAUCAACCACUGCUCCUUGGCUGAUGAUGCAGCUUACUGCUGUGUGGUAGGAGAGGAGAAAUGCACCACUGAGCUCUUUGUCAAAGAGCCUCCCGUCCUGAUUGUGAAGAAUCUGGAGGAUCAGAUGGUGAUGAAAGGGGAGCGGGUGGAGCUGGAGUGUGAAGUGUCAGAGGAAGGGGCCAAUGUGAAAUGGGAGAAGGAUGGUGUUGAAUUAACAAGAGAUGAGUCGUUCAAGUAUCGCUUCAAAAAAGAUGGCUGCAAACACGUCCUGAUCAUCAACGAGGCCACAAAGGAGGACUGUGGUCACUACAAGGUUAAAACGAAUGGCGGCGAGUCAGUGGCUGAGCUCCUGGUGCAGGAGAAAGAACUGGAGGUGUACCAGAGCAUCGCAGACCUCUCCGUAAAGGCAAAGGAUCAGGCGGUCUUUAAGUGUGAGGUGUCAGAUGAGAACGUGAGGGGGACGUGGUACAAGAAUGGUGUGGAAGUAAAACCAGACGCCAGAAUAAAUAUCACACAUAUUGGAAGAAACCACAAACUGACCAUCGAUGAGGUCAAACCAGAGGAUGAGGGAGACUACACUUUUGUGCCUGAUGGCCACGCCUUCAACCUAUCUGCCAAACUCAAUUUCUUGGAGGUGAAGAUUGAUUACGUCCCCCGCCAAGAUCCACCUAAAAUCCACCUGGACUGUAUGGGUCGCACUGCUGAGUCAACCAUCGUGGUGGUAGCUGGCAACAAACUACGCCUGGACGUCCCGAUCACUGGAGACCCGGCUCCCACAGUGGUCUGGACCAAAGCAGAGAAGGUGGUCACAGACGGAGAUGGCAGGGUCCAUGUUGAAACCACUAAAGGACACUGCAUCUUCACCAUUGAGGGGGCCGAGAGGCAGGAUGAGGGGAUCUAUUCCGUCGUGGUUCGAAACCCGGCUGGAGAGGACACAGCAGAUAUCAAUGUGAAAGUUGUUGAUGUUCCUGAUCCUCCACAGGCUGUGAAAAUCCUCAGUGUGGGAGAGGACUCCUGUGUAGUUCAGUGGGAUCCCCCUCUGUUUGACGGAGGCAAGCCAAUUAUCGGUUAUGUGCUGGAGCGAAAGAAGACAAAGAGCUACAGGUGGAUGAGACUUAACUUUGACCCUUAUCCUGAAACGACCUUUGAGGCUAAGAGGAUGAUUGAAGGAGUGCCAUACGAGAUGCGAGUCUAUGCUGUAAACGGUAUCGGCAUGUCUCGUAACAGUCCGGCCUCGCAGCCUUUCGUGCCAGUUGCUCCUACAAGUGAGCCCAUCGGACUGUGCGUGGAGGACAUCAGCGACACCUCCAUCUCUCUGAAGUGGCGUCCGCCUGAGAGGAUCGGCUCAUCUGAACUCGAGGGUUAUGGGGUCGAGUACUGCAAGGAGGGCACCGAUGAGUGGAUUCCAGCCAUUCAGGGUCUGACUGAUAGGACAGUGAUGGUCGUCAGAGGCCUCACUACUGGAGACAAGCUGCAGUUCCGUGUGCGAGCCUACAACAUGGCGGGACCCAGUGCUCCCACAACCUUGGCUCAACCUGUCACCAUCAGAGAGAUAAUGCAACGUCCUAAAAUUUGGCUUCCCAGAAACCUCCGGCAGACUCUCAUCAAGAAAGUUGGAGACACUGUGAACAUCGUGAUACCUUUCCAGGGUAAACCCCGGCCAAAGGUCACAUGGAGCAAAGACGGGGAGCCUCUCAGCUCAUCAUUUGCCAGUGUGAGAAACAGCGAGGUGGAUACGAUCCUCUUCAUCCGUAAGACAGAAAGGAAACACUCGGGGAAGUACAACCUCCAGGUGGAGAUUGAGAAUGUGGAAGACACAGCGAGUAUCAUGCUGCAGAUUGUUGAUCUCCCCGGGCCGCCUGAGGGCCUUAAGAUCGUGGAUGUCUGGGGUUUUAAUGUGGCACUCGAGUGGAAGCCGCCUAAGGACAAUGGAAACUGUGAAAUAUCUGGAUACUGCAUUCAGAAAGCUGACAAGAAGACCAUGGAGUGGUACACAGUCUACGAUCAGUACAGGCGAACACACUGUGUGGCGUCUGACCUCAUCAUGGGGAAUGAGUACGUCUUCAGAGCCUUCGCCAUCAACCUGGUGGGUCUCAGCCUGGACCCCUGCGACACUAAGGACAGCGCCUACAUCCAGAAAACAGGUAUCGCUUACAAGCCGCCCUCUCACAAAGAUCACGACUUCUCAGAGGCUCCCAAGUUCACACAUCCUCUGGUGAGCCGGUCCGUCAUCGCAGGAUACAACGCCACGCUCAGCUGCUCAGUCAGAGGCAUCCCAAAGCCUAAAGUGACCUGGUACAAGAACAAGAUGGACAUCUCGAAUGAAGCCAAGUACCGGAUGCUCAGUAAGCAGGGUGUCCUGACGCUGGAGAUCCGUAAGCCGUGUCUGUUCGAUGGAGGAGUUUACAUGUGCAAAGCUGUGAACGACAGCGGAGAGGACAUAGUGGAGUGUAAACUGGAGGUCCGCCCUCAAAUUGCAAAAGAAGAAAAGAAAGAGGAUAAGAAGUAGGAGGUUCCAGCUGCAGACUGAAGAGAAGAUGAAUGGUCUUCAAAAAAAAAAAAAACUCCUCACCUGCAUCACAAACUGUGUUUAGCCCACAUUGUUUUCCUUUUCUUGUUUCUGCACAAUUUUCCUCGAAUCUCUUCUAUUAGUUUGCAUCAUGUCAACCUCACUUCUAUGUCAGUAUCAUGUUGGUGACCGGAUUACUGAAUAUAUUGGGGGAUCAUGCUUGAGGUUGCUGUUCUUUAGAAAGGAAUCUUUCAUAUUUAUGCGUCAUUAAAAUGGGAAAAAUUGAACCACUAUGUUCUGUAGUUAAAGAUAAUGGAUGUUGUUGUCCAGGAAAAGAAAGUGGUAAUAUUUCUGAAGUAAUGUAUGUUUUUUGUCCUGUCUCAUUCAGGUGAUAGAGGAAAAUGACUACAGAAUGUUGAUUAUUCUGUGUAUAAAAAGUGCUUUAAAAACAU